AUGGCUAUAUUCAAUAAAUUCAUUGUUAAUCAUGAACUUAUUGACUUGCCUCUUAAUGGUGCCACUUAUAUGUGGAAUAAUAAUCAACUGCAAAACAUCAGAAAUAGAAUUCACAGGUAUUUAUUUUCUGCCGAUUGGGAGGCUCAUUUUCCAAAUGUGACUCAAAUUGCUUUAGCAAGACCCUGUUAUGAUCACUGUCCAAUUUCCCUGUUGUGCGAAGGUGUUCGUGGAGGACAUAGCCCUUUUCGCUUUGAGGUAUUAUGGCUCACUCAUCAAGAAUAUGCAAACAAUGGUCUUUCUGAAGCUCACCUAAGAUUAAAAGCUAGGCACGACUAUUAUAAUUUGGUUACUGUGGAAUCCGAAAAAUGGAAAAGUAGAGCUAAUAUUCAUAAUCUGCAAUUUGGAGACAAGAAUACUAAAUAUUUUCACAAGAUUGCUACAGAUAGGAGGAGGAGAAUCUACAUUGCUAAAAUCAAUGUCAAUGGUCAAAUGACUGAUGACCAAAAAAAAAUUAAGGCGGGCAUUGUGGAUUAUUUCAAAAAUAAUUUUCAUGAGCAGAAUCAUUCUAUACCCUCUAUGGAUGGUCUAAAUUUUAAGUCAAUCCUAUGCGAAUUGUGUGAAUUGCUGGAAAGAGAUAUCGAUGAGGAAGAAGUUAUCAAUGUCAUCAAAUUACUUGGUAAAAAUAAGGCACUUGGCCCUGAUGGGUAUCCUAUUAUUUUUUAUCAACAAACUUGGAGCAUCAUUAGGUGUAAUGUCAUGAAUGUGUUCGCGGAUCUUCAUAGUAAAGGCUUUCUUGAUUGGAGACUAAAGAAUACCUUUAUAGCUCUUAUAACCAAGGAAGAGACUAUAGGAGAAAUAAAGUAUUUAAGACCUAUCAGCCUUAUAAAUGGUGUUUACAAGAUACUAUUCAAAGUACUAGCUGAAAGAUUUAAAACUUAUAUUCCUCAUGUAAUUUCUCAACAACAAUCAGCCUUUAUUAAGGAGAGACAAAUUCUAGACGGUGUUUUUAUUACGAAUGAGCUUAUAGAUUCGAGGUUGAAGAGUGGAAUUUCUGGCUUAUUAUGUAAUAUCGUUUUCGAAAAAUCUUUCGAUCAUGUUAAUUGGAUGUUUCUAGAUAAGGAUCUUGAGAAGAUAGGUUAUGGUUCAAGGUGGAGAAGCUGGGUACAAUGUUGUGUAGAACAUGUAAGGUUUUCAGUUCUCAUUAAUGGCAGCUCGGAAGAUUAUUUCAAAUGCAAUAAGGGCAUUCGAUAA